AUAUUUUGGUAUUAACAUAAAUCAAGGCAGGUGUGAAUAAUAUAAAAUUUGCAAUAUUCUUAAGAAAUACAGCAUGUAUUUAAAAAUCACCUAAUAGUUCAAAUAUGUAUUACAAAGUCAGUUUGCAAUAUGUCCGUAUUUCAAGGUAAUUGCAUAGGAAUACAAAUGUACAAUAAAGACGUACGCCAAUUAACAAACGUUUAAAAUAUCCAUAGUUUUAUGGAAAAACAUAAGCUUCAGAUAACUAUCGGCUAAUAAAACAGCCCCCCGUUGUAAUACUCACGCGAGCUAUCGCCUAUCGAUAACGCUGCCAUCAGCUGUGUACAAAAAAAGGAAAACAAAAUACAAAGCGACAUAAACAAAGUUAUGAAAAAUUGACAAUUUAACAAUGUUUAUGUUUCGCAACUGCGCCGUACUGCUGGUGAUCGGCUCCGUCUGCUGCUUCAUAUUUGGCCUGUUCCACCUGCACUCGGAGGUGGAGCCAAAUGCCUGCAGGAUGACCUACAUGUUCAGCGAGCCAAUGUUUGCUCCUGUUGGAGUGAAGGAUGGCGACCAGUACCCGAACUACGGACUGUAUUACUACUACGAAGCCCUGCGGCAGCCGGUGGAUCCGCUGAAGCGCAAGAUGACCGGAGCACCGGUGAUAUUCGUUCCAGGCAACGCCGGCUCCUACAAGCAGGUACGCUCCCUGGGCUCCGUGGCCCUGCGGAAGGCCAUGUCCGAUGAUGCCGGCAUCCGUCUGGACUACUACACCAUCGAUUUUGACGAGGAGUUGUCCGCUCUCUAUGGCGGCUACCUGCACCGCCAGCUGGGCUACCUGAAGCUGUGCAUCCGCACAAUUCUAUCCAUUUACGAGAAUCGCGCUGAGCAGCCAUCGAUCGUGCUCAUUGGCCACUCCAUGGGCGGCAAGCUGGCGCAGUCGGUGCUGAUGGACCCGGUGAUUGGCCAACAUAUAAAUACGAUUAUCAGCAUUUCUACGCCCUUGGAUGAGCCUGUGCUCAAUUUGGACGGCCAGCUGGAGACCUUCUACGCUCAGACAGACGCCGUUCUGGGGAAGCUGCGCACUGCCACGGUGCCCACGAGUACGACGAACGUAUGCGACAGCCUGCACCAGCGGCCGCCGAGUGUAGUGCGAAUGGCCAGCCAGGAAAGCUCGGCGCGCUUGGACAAUGUGCUCCUCAUCUCCACGGGCGGCGGAAACAGGGAUCUCCUUGUGCGACCCGGGCUGACCACCUCCAGGUUCAACGAUCUGCACGCAAUGACCUCGGCUAUUCCGCGGGUGAGUCUCAGCUGCGACCACUUGUCCGCCGUGUGGUGCCUUCAGUUCAUGCAGGCAAUCAACCGCUUCCUGUUCAGCAUUGCCCACGUCCGCGAAGAUCGCUCAUCGGUGAUAUUCGGCACCAACAAGCAGCGUAACCUGCAGUCAGCCCUCGCCCACUUUGUGAAACCACGAAGGCGUCAGCAAAGCACUGUGCGCCUGGGAGCCGCUGGCAACUGGCACGAGGAGCGGCGCCUGGUGAUCAACAAGUUCUUUACCAACGGCCUGAAAGGCAUCUACUACGAUCUGAUCGGGCUGCAACGCCAGGAGCGGUACAAGAAGAUGACCAUUGAGGCAUUGAAUGUGGACGACGACGAUGACUGGCUGUUCGGCUGCGCCGCCGAGGAGCACAACAAAACAGGGCAGCUCUACUGCGAAAAGGCCACCUCGCUGAUGCAUCUCGUCCAGCGGCUGCCCAACGAAGAUCGCGAUCCGCGCAGCAUUGCCAUUUUGGAUCUACACAACCUGCGGAAGACGUACCUUCAGUGGACGCAUGUGGUGGUGCGGCUACCGCCCAGCCAACGGCGAACCGGUUAUAAUCUGGACAUCUACGAUCCCAAGGAGCGGGUAACAGACAUUCGGAUGCCCCGUUGGUAUACCAUGGCUCGGCUGCCGAUGAUCAAUGAGACGCUCCAGGGCACUCUGCAUCAUCGCAUUCGCAUCGCCGAGAUGGUGGAUCCCUACCAAAGUAUCCGGGUGAUCGUGGAGUCGCUGCAGUGCAUCAAUCCGGAGUACCGAGUGACCGCCAGGCUGUGUGUUCCCUGGGCAGCGGGCUUUGAACGUUACCAGACAUUGAAAUCGGUGGACCAGAAGCCGCAGUUGUUCGCCAAUGUGCCCACCCUGGUGCCCAGGCACUACAAUACCACGCUGAACCCGGUGACACUCGACCUGUAUCUGGAUCCCGUGUGUCGAUAUCGGAUCAGCUACGAGUACUCCUAUGCCUCGGCCCUGUCCCGUCUGGUGCUGGAGUUCUAUGGCUGGCUGCCCGCCCACCUGGCCUGCGUCCUGCUAAUUGUGCUCAGGAAGCAGGUGCAGCUGUUCCACGAGGUGGGCAGCUUCCGCAGCCUGCGGCCCUAUGUGGGUUACCUGCAGUACACCUCGCUCUAUGUGGUCACCGCCUGUCGCCUACUGAAGAAGGUAAUCAUUACGAGCCGAAUCCUGCCAGAGCCGGAGAACCUGGACUAUAGCAUCAAUGUGUCCAUCGUGAUCCAUUGCGCAGCCAUGGCCCUGUCCUUAAUGGCCACUCUGUGCACCUGGCUGGCCCUGACGCUAUACGGCAAUGCCUUCUAUCGCGUGGCCCUCCGGCUCACCCGCCUUUCGCAGGCCAGCUCCAAUAUAAUGAUCUCCAUCAUGACCCAUUUGCCGAUCACGUAUGGCAUUCUGACUAUUGCCACGUCCGUGGGCACGUGCAGCGGCCUGGGCCUGCUCCUGGCCUUUGUCUUCUACUUCCUGAUGCUGUCGAAUGCCUACAAGGAUUAUCUGGAGGAUUUCCUGUGGCAGAAGGCGGCCAAUUUGGUGCGUGGAAAGCCCAGGGCGGUGGCCCAGAAUGAUGCCCAAGAAGAGGAGCCGGAGAAUCAGCUGCAGGAGGAGAAGGAAGAUAACGAAGAGGAGGAGGAGGGACGGAAGGGCGAGCAAUCAGAGCCCUGCCUGGGGCUUCAGAACUUCUCCUUCCACGUCACCUUGCUCCUGAUGUUGCUCAUGCAGCUCCUGCUCAACGCCCCCAGCAGCUUGGCCUGGCUGCGCAGUCGCCGCCACGGAAUAGAGCUCCCAGAUCCGAAUCUGUAUCCCAGCAUCGUGGUUCUGGGCUCUCUCAGCCUGCUUCUCCAACUACGAGCGCCCCAGAAAUGCUAUGGCUACUGGAUGCUCUCCAUCGUGCUGUACUUCUUGGCCGGCAUCGUUCUGCUGUACUGCCAGGCUGCCAUCUACAGGCUGAACUUUGUGCUGGCCGCCGCCUUCGCUCUGCUGGCGCUGCACCAAAGUCUUUGGAUACUUUGGCGUCGUGUGGCUGGAAUCUAGUUUAAUUUCUUCGUUCUCCAUGUGUUAAUUUGUUAUUUAUUGCCGUGCGUUAGUUAAUUCAGUCCCCCAGUGUUACGCAAGAGACCACGAGAUCGAGAUCUGGGUCCUAGCGGGAAGUCCAAAACUGGGCACACACCGAAUGGGCGUGCUCUCCCGUGCGUAAUGCACGUAUUAAUUGUUUUUUACGCCUGCCAGCAAGCCGACAGCCGGCACUUUUGGUCAUCGUUCGGGUGGCGGCAGUCACGACGUCAAUCUCCAUUUGCGUAAAAUGUGUGAAAAUGCCAUAAACCACCAGCACUCGGAUUUUCCUUUUAGCUUGAAAAGACCAAAGACUUACUAAUAGUUGAUAUAGUUUUGUUUUGUUUUGUUUUGUGCUUACCUUGAUACUACUUUUAUAUAGUUUCCAUAUGAUCAAAUAAUUAGAUAAUCAACGUGGGAUACAUGUAGGUAGCUGCCACAAUGUAAAACGUCCUGUCAAGUAUUUUUAAAAAAUUUUUUUUAUUUAGAUUCCUAAACAAACUUACAAUUUUAUACGAUAAUUUAAUAAAAAAAAAUAACAAUAAACAG